AUGAGCACCACGACAGCCACCUGCAGCGGCGGCACCACUCUCCGCCGAUACAUCACACCGCCAUCGCAGCAGCAGCAGCAACAGCAGCAUGUUGGUAACGGUGGUUCAUCAACACCCUCGCCUCCCCUUCUAACCCUCUCCCUGCCAUCUUCUACGCCUCCUUCCAUCCCUAUAGAUAUAGAUAGUACCCACCCUUUGGCUCCUGAUGACCACCACCACAAUCACGAUCAUCACUGUCCACACGGCUGCAACAACAACAACAACAACAACAACAACAACAACAACCGAUCAUCAGACACACCCAUAACCAGCAUCUCCUUGCCCAUCUCCAGCAGCCCUAGCGCCGCAAACAACAACCUGCUCACUGACCAGAGUCAUAUUACCAUCGAACCAAUCUUUGCCUCAGAUUCCGUCCUGGAUAUAUACCCCACGAACACCACCACGUCGGAAUCAAGGGCCAGCAGCACCCUAAGCAAAGAAUGGCGGCAUGACCCCAAGCGGAACCAGAAGGCGCAGAAGGCGGCGAGCAGGAUCAUUGAGGGGUGUUAUUCACGGAAGAAGAGGGGGAGGAGGUGGAUGAUGAGGGAUAAGGUUAGGCAGUGGAAGAGGGAGUUUAUGUCGAGUAGUUUGAAAGGAAAAGGGGAGAGGGGGCCGAGGGAUGGAGGGGGGAGGGUUAGGGGGGGCUAUGAUGGGGGUAUUGGUGCAGGACAGAGGGGAAAAGAAGCAGCAGGAGGGAAGAAAGGAGAAAGGGAAACAAGGUGGAGCUGGAGAGGCGGAUGGAAGGGCGUGCAACAAGAUGCAGACAACGGGCUCUGGGGGUUCGACGGAGGGUUCAAGAGAACGGAUAAAAAGGCGGCGACUGCAGCAGCUGCCGCAGCAGCAGCAAAGGAGACACGGUGGCCACCUAUUCUUGCCCCUUCUGGCCCUGGGGAUGGGGAUGAGAAUGACAUGGAAAUACCAGCUCCUCCGCCGAUACCAAAGCCACCGCGGAACUCGGUGGUCAUGGAGCGCUUGGCUGACGUGCUGGGUGCCAGCUCGACCGAGACUAGUUUCGGCUUUAGGAGAAGGGAUUAUCUGCGGCAGGUUGAGGAGAAGGACUCGAAGGAUGCCAUUACCAGCCACAACCGGAGGUAUCAUGCAGACUAUGCAGAUGCAGACCGAAGGAACUUGUAUGAGAAGAAGACGCACAGCAAGUCCCAAAACCGGACCUCCGGUACUGGGUUGUGGAAACGAGGCUUGGAAAAGUUCAAAAAGCUGCUGGUUCUGUCGGAGAGCAGCCGCAAGACGUAUUCAGCAAGUCGACCUGCAACACCACGCAUCGCAUUGAGAGGCAAAGUUGUUGAUACCAGUCUCCUGCAUCCGCACUGGAAGGGGAGGCCACGUAUGGAUAAGGCGGAGGAUUCAAAAGAGGGCCAGACCUCUGCCGGAUCUCUUGAGGGCACAUAUCUUCUUCCUUCUUUACACCACUUACACACACGUCCGAAAAACCCCUUUUCACAACAACCAGCAGCAACGGAGAUGCCAGAAACAACACACGCUACAAUGGACCGGAACAAUUACAACGACAACAUGGCAGAUGACUCCUCCGGCAAGAGCUCCAUGGUGGCCCCUUCAAGGUAUUUCUACAUCGACGAGAACACCGGGGAGUCCCAUUUCGGCGAAGGGGAACUGCCCAGGUCCAUCAAGGACAAAGGUAAAAGGAAAGGAAUCGAAAUCGAAAUCGAUUACAGCCUUGUCCACGAAGAUUCCCAUCUCAAGAUCCAGGUGCCUGGUUACCCUCCUCCUCUUCCAGGCCCUAAAGCCAAAUGUCGGUGCAAACGCUGCCAGACAGCGAUGGAUCUGGCAAGCAUGGCGGCCGUCCCCGCCCCCACGGACCAUGUCUUGCACACGUAUAAAUGCCUGGCGGAUGUUCCCAUUUCGUUGGUUGAUUUAAGUAUGCCUGCGCCGCCGCUGCAAUCAUGGUUCUUCCCGCAACGAUUCCCGCAGGGCAAGAGCAGCACAUGGGGGCUACCUAGGAUACAGCCGUCCACGGAGGACUUUAGUCAGGCACCGGAGUUCUCCCGGUACACCACCACCACCACCACCACGACGAACACUGCCACAUGCGUCAACAACGACGACGACAACAACAGACAUCCUGUGGUUCCUUUCCAAUGGUCCUUCCAUUCAACCUUCUCUUCGGUUCCUUCCAAUACUAUGAGCCCUCCUUCCUCCACCUGGCAGCAGCAGCCUUUUUCUUCUGGCUCGAGAACUAUUCCUCCUGGCGGGUAUGGAGGAGAUGAAGAAGAAGAGUUUGGCGUGGAAUAUCGGUUCGUAAAUUCUUCUCAUCACAAGAACGAAAACAAGCAGCAUCGUGAUUGUGUUGUUGUUGAACGAGAAGAACAAGAAGGGGAAGAAGAUGAAGAUGAUGAUUACGAUCUCUGGGACCAAAACGACAACUACGAUGAGUUCGAAGCAUUCCAUGGCUUCAGUGAGCAACUUGGAUUCGACGCGGACGAAGACCCCGACAACGACGACGGCGACGGUGACGAUGACGAGCGAACGGAUACCGACGAAGACACCGAUACCGACGAAGACAGUGAUGGAGACACCGACGAGGACACCGACGAGAACACCGACGGAACCACCCCCGAAGCCAACCCGCCAACAGAAGAUAACUCGGCCGCAGUGGUUGUUGGAGAAUCUAGCCAACAACUGUCGAAUCUCAGAAAACGAAGAUCAUCAUCGUCUGAAUCCGACAGCGAGCCCAACCAAAAGCAUAAACAAGAGAACGAGCAUGAGCACCAAAACAAAGAAUACGACGAAAACGAUAACGACCCCUGCGAUCAACGAGCCCCCUCGUACGUCGGCACCGGCCAGCGACCGCCCAGCAAGCUGUUUUUUACACGUCCUCGUCCGCGUGCUUUAGCUCCUUCAUUAUCAGCAACACACGCUUCUUCUUCUUCUGCGUCUGCAUCUGUUUUCGCUGCUUUACCAUCUCCUGUUCCUGAAGAAGGUAUCGCCCAUUACAACGCUGCCGAUGUCGAUGCCGAUGCCGACGUUGAUGUCAACCAGCAACAUGAACACGAUAAUCAGGCUAGUAGUCCCCAUAGCAACAAAGAGGGCAACAGCAGCAGCAAGAGAGACAGCAAACGAAACAGCAAGAGGGACAGUAAGAGCAGCAGCAACAACAAAAGACAUUCCACCGGCAUCUACAGCAACAAUUCCCACGCCGGUCCAAGCUCUUGGUACAAAAUCAAAGCCAAAACCACGAAUCGAAAAAGAUCAUCAACAACUUCCACCACCGGGACUACAGCCACUGGUUCUUCUCGCGUUUCGGAGCUGGAUAAAGUUACCAGCAAUGAGUCCACAACUACUGGUGUCCCUGGUCAGCACUCUCGCACCCACAGCACUCAAACUACGAGCACCAUCGACAGCCAUGACAGCCAUGACAGCCAAGAUAGCCACGACGCAGAAGGUAGCAGUGCGAAUAGGCUGAGACAUACACGCACGGCGUCAGUAACAUUGGAAUCCGACCUUUUGAUCAUUCCCCUGGAAGAAGUGGAGGAUUUCAUUAUCCCUUCCGAUGCUCUGUCCGAUGUCACUUCCGAUGCCCCUUCCGAUGCCGAAGUCAACGGGGGUGGGCAGGGACAUGAUAACAACGAGGAUGGUAACAAGGAAACCAACAACAACGACAACCCCGAAAACGAACACGACGUAGGAAAUGGAAGAGAAAGAGGCAGGAGAAGAGAAACCGAAACAACAGACGAAGAAAUCGCUCGAGCAAAAUGGGAAUGGGAAAGGGAAAAAAGAAGAAGAAUGAGACCAGGAGCAGAAGCAGAAGGAUACGAAAACGUCAGUGGUGGAGUUAGAGGAGAUUAUGGGAGGGGAGGAUGGAGGAUAGUCAAUGGUGCUGAUGGGAAUCAUGUCAGGGUGAGAGUCAAAGAAGUUGGUUUCAAUGGGGGAGAUGAGACGGAUUUGUGUACGUCGGUUGGCACUGGUACUACUAGUACGGGAACGGGGUUGUGGAUGAAGGAUUCUAGGGGUACGAUGGGGAGUGCGAGGACGAUGGGGACGGAGAGGAGUGCGGGGAGUGUUGAAUAG